AUUUACGAUUUGUCAACGCUUUCCAGGUGUAUUCGGCUCUGCGUUGACUCAUUUUCCAGCUAGUAAUCCUUGCUCGUUUUUGUAUUUGCUGGGUAAAUUGAAGAGGCGAAGCUCCUCCUAUUUCAGCUGUCUGACGGAUAGGCGAAAUCAGAGCGAGUCAGUCUGACAGCAAACACAGAGGAAGACAGAUGAUCUCCAGAGAAUAGACGGGGACCAAACAGCACCCACAGAGGACAAAGAUUAUAACCUCACUCCUCUGGAACUCUGGGAAAAGGAGAGAAAACAUUUUACCGGUGGAUCUUUUUCCCCCUUCUUCUUGUGUUUGUGAGUAAAAAAACAACUAAACUCAAUAGUUUAGUUACAACUUACCACUUGAAACCUUAGUUAUCUGUAGUCAAAUAUCUAACUUCUCAGAUAAAAAACAAUGAAAUCUCAAAGUCUGAACCCCAGUAGUUGCUGCACGAAUGUGUAAGGUUCUGUGAGGCAAUUAGACAGUUGUGUCGGGACGUUGACAAUGGCUGAACCGUUAGGGUUCGUGGAGGCAUGGAGAGCCCAGUUCCCUGAAACAGAGCCCCCCAGCAUGGAGCUGAACUCAUUAGGGGACAUUGAGCAGGAGCUGGACAAGUGCAAGUCCUCCAUCAGACAUCUGGAGAAGGAGGUGAACAUGGAGCGAUUUCGGAUGAUCUACCUGCAGACUCUGCUUGCAAAGGAGAGGAAGUCUUAUGAUGGCCAGAGAUGGGGAUUUAAACAGAUGCCCCAAGCGAAUGACGGAGACUUGCCCCAAGGUCCAGACAGCCACGGCCCUCAAGCCGAUGAUGCACAAGCUGAGGGACAGCUGCAAGGCCGACCUGGCAAAAUGGCCAGAACUAAAUCCAAUCUAGAGGGAAAUGUGAAUGGUUCAUCCCAGGCCAAACAGAAGGAAGGGACGUUGCCUGUCCGCCAUGAGUCAGAGCCUCCGGAUUUCCCAGUGGGCACUGGCUCAGUGGCAGCCCUGAGAUCGAACUUUGAGCGCAUAAGAAGAGCCAACUCUCACACAGCUGCAGAUAGCAGAGGGCUCUCUGCAACAGGCAGCCAGGAAAAGCCCUUUUACGUCAACAUGGAGUACCACCACGAACGAGGACUGGUCAAAGUCAAUGACAAGGAGGUCUCAGACAAAAUCAGCACUUUGGGCUGCCAGGCCAUGCAGAUGGAGCGAAAGAGGUCCCUGCAUUCGCUGCCAGGAAACCUGUCAGCAAUGGCAGGUGAGAUCAGCAAGGCUGCUCUGAGAGGCAGAUCUAGCGAGGGGAACUGCUGCUACAAUGGGUCAUACGAUGAUAGUGAUGCCAACCCACAUUUUCAGAAGUCUGGGGGGAAGUCUGAGAGGCAGCCAGUGGAGUGUCAGCCUUACACCAGUGUGUACGUUGGUGCAAUGAUGCCUGACGUGGAUACUCGGGUCAUUCACGUCAAAGACCACAGCAUAGAGGAGGACCCCCACCUCACCUGGCCGAGGCGCUCCUACUCCCCUGGGACUUUUGACGAUGCAGGAGGCGGCUACACACCAGACUGCAGCUCAAACGAGAACCUGACCUCCAGCGAGGAGGACUUCUCCUCGGGUCCGUCCAGCCACGUCUCCCCCAGCCCCACCACCUACCAGAUGUUCAGGGAGAAAAGCCGAUCGCCCUCCCAGCAGUCGCUGGACAGCGGAAGCCCACCUACACCUGUGUCACAGAAAAGUCUCAAGCACCAGGGUUUGGCCUCUGAGGCAUCCAUCAUCAGAGUCCGUAAAGUGGGUCAGACGUGGCCCAGUGAUGGAAACUCCACCACAUCCAGCAGAACCUCACAUGACAACAGCAUUCAAGGAGACAUGGAGACUCCCUACAAUGAGAACUCUCCGUCAUAUGGCUAUGACCUGGAGCAGUCUGAGGAGAACCAGCCUCGCCACGACUCCCUGUCUUUCAGUGGAUCCCCUCCCUCCUCGCUGCGACUGCGCUCCAAGAACCGGAACAGCCGAGACACCCAGUCCUCGGGUUCUCUGGAGUCCACACAGUCGGUGGAGCUGGACCAGGAGAAGGGGCUUGAGAUGAGGAAGUGGGUUCUGUCAGGGAUCCUGGCCAGUGAGGAGACCUACCUCAGCCACCUGGAGGCCCUUCUGAUUCCGAUGAAGCCUUUGAGGGCGGUGGCCACCACCUCUCAGCCAAUGCUGACCAUCCCAGAGAUAGAGACCAUCUUUUUUAAGGUCCCAGAGCUUCACGAGAUCCACAAGGACUUUUAUGACGCCCUGCUGCCCCGCGUCCAAGACUGGAGCAACCAGCAGUGUGUGGGAGACCUCUUCCAGAAGCUGGCCAGCCAGCUCGGAGUGUACCGGGCCUUUGUGGAUAACUACAAGGUUGCCGUGGAGACGGCAGACAAGUGCUGCCAGGCAAACGCUCAGUUUGCACAGAUAUCUGAGAACCUCAAAGUCAAAAGCACAAAGGACUGCAAGGAACAGCCGGCUAAAAAUUCGCUGGAAACUCUUCUCUACAAGCCUGUAGAUAGAGUGACUCGCAGCACGCUGGUUCUGCAUGACUUGCUGAAGCACACGCCCAGCAGCCACCCAGACUAUCCCCUGCUGCAGGACGCCCUCCGCAUCUCCCAGAACUUCCUGUCCAGCAUCAAUGAGGAGAUCACCCCCCGUAGACAGUCUAUGACCAUAAAGAAGGGAGAGAACCGACAGCUGCUGAGGGAUCGCUUCAUGGUGGAGCUGGUGGAGGGUUCCAGGAAGCUCCGCCACAUCUUUCUAUUCACUGACCUACUGCUCUGCACUAAACUCAAAAAACAGGCUGCUGGAAAAGGGCAACACUAUGACUGUAAAUGGUACAUCCCACUCGCCGACUUGACCUUCCAAACCAUUGAAGACUCUGAGUCCAGCCCCAUCCCUCUGGUCCAGGAAGAGGAGAUUGAUGCUAUGAAAAUAAAAAUUUCCCAAAUCAGGAACGAUAUCCAGAGAGAGAAGAGGACAACCAAAGGACCUAAAGUUAUUGAGCGACUGAAGAAGAAGUUAUCAGAGCAAGAAUCCCUUCUGCUUCUCAUGUCACCCAACAUGGCCUUUAAGGUGGCCAACCGAAAUGGAAAA